AUGUCUAUGUCUAACCUGACUGUGUCCGACGACCACUACGUGUUUGCAUUGGUGGUCACGGCCGCCUAUUUUCUGGUCUUGUUCUUUGUUUGGCAGGUUCGU